AUGCACAAGGUGACCAACUGGGAUGAAAUCAAGAAACAAGUCGGCUUUAAGUCUUUCCUGGUAGUCGCUCUACCACCGUUAACAGUGGACCCAGCUGCUAAAAUCCAUGCUCGUGAUUUGAAAAAUGCAGGAAAAUUCCUCUCCCCUAAGAAGUACGGUAAAGCCUUGAAGCAGUUCAUGAAGGAUGCGGAAGGUGACCCUGACCUUGCUAUGUUUCUGUCACUUCGGUCUCCUAAAAAUGAACGGCACCUCGUUGCCACCAUCCAUUCCGCUCUACGUACUUUUGCUUAUAGAGAAGAGGGUAUUAAGUUGUUGAUCUACAUGAUGCAAGACAUGGCCGCGAGGGGUUGGACACCUAAGUAUGUUGAAGAGAAGGUGGUGUUUCCACUUGUCUUGCAAGAUUCAGAAUUCUUCGGAGCGAUCAUUUCCCUGUAUGGAAGGUAUUACAAGGUGAAGAAUGGUCCGACGACAUUAAGUGCGAGUUUGUAG